GAGCCGGACCACAACACUCGCCGGGCGGCGGCGGCGGCGGAGCUGCGAGCGCGAUCCCCGGGGCGGGGGCGGGGGCGGCCGCGCAGCGCCAUGUCGGUGAACACGGACGAGCUGCGGCACCAGGUCAUGAUCAACCAGUUCGUGCUGGCCGCGGGCUGCGCGGCCGACCAGGCUCAGCAGCUGCUGCAGGCGGCGCACUGGCAGUUCGAGACCGCCCUGAGCACGUUCUUCCAGGAAAGCAACAUUCCCAACGGCCACCACCACCCUCAGAUGAUGUGUACUCCCAGCAACACCCCUGCCACGCCACCCAACUUCCCUGAUGCACUAGCCAUGUUCUCCAAGCUUCGAGCCUCUGAGGGCCUGCAGAACAGCAACAGCCCCAUGACAGCUGUGGCCUGCUCCCCCCCUGCAAACUUCAGCCCCUUCUGGGCCACAUCCCCACCCAACCACCAGACGACCUGGAUCCCACCCUCUUCCCCCAGUUCCUUCCAUCACCUCCACUGCCCACAGCCCACGUGGCCCCCGGGAGCAUCACAGGGCGGCGCCCAGCAGAAAGCCAUGGCAGCCAUGGAUGGCCAGAGAUGAGACUGGAUGUCGCUGGGCUGGAAUGGGGGCAGCCCAGGGUCGUGGGGACACAGCAGGGCUGGGGGGGGAGACACAAGAGGGUGGGUUUCAAGAUCGCACUGGAAGAUUUUAUAAGAGUUUGUGGGCGGGGCACAGUAAACGUCCUGAGCCACUUGGGUUCCUCAGGAGUCUCUCUUUGGGAAAGUUUCCUCUUUUUAAUAUAUAACUAUAAUAUAUAUGGAUAUAAAUUUAAUGUACGCGAGUGGGCCCUGCACACCAGGGGCAUUGGGUUGGAAGGGAAUGGCCUCAGAAAUCCCUCUCCUCGACUGCACCUCUCCUCUGCCCGAUUUGGAGGAACAGGGUGCCAUGGCCAGAUGGGGGAGCUCCAGCCAGCGGCUGCUCUGCCUUCAGGAAGUGCCCCGCCCACGGGAGGUCCCACAAGGGUCUUGUUGGAAUCAUGGACGGUCUGCCCCAUCCCUGGUGCAUGGAGCUUUCAUCUCUGCUGGUGGUGGCCCUGAAGUUUGUCACCCUGUCCCCAGCCGGGUGUGCAGAGCUGGUAGGACUGGAGUUGGCUGACCUCUGAGUGCACACUUGGCUGUCCCACAGGUCCCCAGCCUCUCUGCGUCCAGCUCCAGAGGACGACAACUCAGGAGAGCCUGCCUUCCUUUAGAUUUGAGUUCCUAAAUUAGAAUCACAUCUCACCAGGGUGCAAUUUUAAUUUAAAAACUUUUAAAAGACUUUUCUAACUAA